CAUGUAGGUGCCGGGCGGCUGCCAUGAACCCCGGAGCCAUGAGGAUCCACAGCAAAGGCUAUGUCCAGGGUGGAAUCCAACUCAAAAAUGAAAAGAACAGACCAUCUCUGAAAUCUCUGAAAACUCUUAACAAACCAGAAAAAUCCAAAUGUAAGCCACUUUGGGGAAAGAUAUUUUACAUCGACUUACCAUCUGUCACCAUUUCUGAAAAACUGCAAAAGGACAUUAAGGAUCUAGGAGGGCGAGUUGAAGAAUUUCUCAGCAAAGAUAUCAGUUAUCUUAUUUCAAAUAAAAAGGAAGCUAAAUUUGCCCAAACCUUUGGACAGAUUUCUCCUGUACCAAGUCCAGAAUCUGCAUAUACUGCAGAAACCACUUCACCUCAUCCCAGCCAUGAUGGAAGUUCAUUUAAGUCUCCAGAUUCAGUGUGUUUGAGCAGAGGAAAAUUAUUAGCUGAAAAAGCUAUCAAGGAUCAUGAUUUUAUUCCUUCAAAUAGUAUAUUGUCAAAUGCCUUAUCGUGGGGAGUAAAAAUUAUUCAUAUUGAUGACAUAAGAUACUACAUUGAACAAAAGAAAAAGGAAUUGUGUUUACUCAAGAAAUCAAGCACUGCUAUAAGAGAUUCGGGGAAAAGAGUAGGUGUUGGCAUACAGAAAACAAGAACAGGUAGACUCAAAAAGCCUUUUCUAAAGGUGGAAGAUAUGAGCCAACUUUAUAGACCAUUUUAUCUUCCACUGACCAAUAUGCCUUAUAUAAAUUACUCUAUUCAGAAGCCUUCCAGUCCAUUUGAUAUAGAUAAGCCAUCUAACAUCCAAAAGGAAACUCAGGUUAAACUAAGAAUCCAAAUGGAUGGCGAUAAAUGUGAUGGAAUCCCAACUCAACUCCAAUUGAAAGAGAAGAAAAAAAAAGGAUAUUGUGAAUGUUGCUUGCAAAAAUAUGAAGAUCUCGAAACUCAUCUCUUAACUGAGCAACACAGAAAUUUUGCACAGAGUAAUCACUAUCAAGUUGUUGAUAACAUUGUAUCUAAGUUAGUUUUUGAAUUUGUGGAACAUGAAAGGGACAUGCCUAAAAAGAAAAGAUUAAAAUACAGCAUUGGAUCCCUUUCUCCUAUUACUACAAAUAUCCUGAAAAAGUUUGAACCAAAAGAAAAGCUAGAAUUGCAACCUAUUUCUCAGAAAGACUUCAGGGAAAAUAGUGUACCGGUGAUCAAGCGGAGUUUUCUAUAUAAAGAAACCCAGCAACCUGAAGAGGAGCUUGUGUUUAUUUCAGAGCACAUCCCUAGCCCUUCAAAUGAAUUGAGAGGACUUGUUGAGAAAACAAAUCAAUAUUCCACGUUAAAUCCAGCUGAAAAUGACAUAAAACAAAAUUUUACACAUCUAUUUCCAGGUAAAAAUGGACAGGGAUGCAUUCUUGAUAUUUCUAAACAUAAAUUAAUUAUAAAUGAAAACAACUUGGAAAAAAUAAGAACAGAUCAUUGUCUGUGUAGGCUACAGACAUCUAUACAAGUUUCUAAUUUCAAUAUAGAUAAUAGUGCAUCUCAACCAAAACAAAAAUCAGAUGUUGUGCUUUUUCCAGCAAAGGAUCUGAAGGAAAAGGACCUUCAUUUAAUAUGUCAUGACUAUGGUCUGUCGGCAGUGAACAGUUCACAGGAGCACCGAACUAUUCAGGCAAACACUCCAUCCCAAAGUUGUCUUGGGGAACCCAAUGAAUGUGACAUCAAGAAUAUGGAUAGCUUACCUUCUGGUAAAAUCUGUCGGAAAGUGAAAAUAUUAUUACGAAGAAAUAAAAAAGAAAAUCUGGAACCAAAUGUGGAUUUAGAUGAGAAAAGAACUGAAUGUCUUAUUACACAAGAGGAAAACAGAAUUUGUAGUUCACAAUCUCUACUAGACUUAUUUCAGACUAGUGAAGAGACAUCAGAAUUUUUCGGUUUCACAAGCUACACUGAAAAUGGUGGAAUAUGUGAUGGUUUUGAUGUUUGGAGGGAGGAUGAUUCAAAUCUGUCAUCACUGUUUCCCUCCUUCCCUUCAAAUUCUACAUUUACUGGCUUUCAGAUUUAAAAAAAUAAAUUUACAAGGGAUAAAAAUCAUACUGAAAUUUUUAUAAAUAUGUAUAGAAAUUCUUAGGUUGUUUUUUUUUUUGCCAACUUUGUUUACAGAACCAAAUGUAAAUGUUAACAAUAAAGGUGAUAUUUACAUUUUUAUACA